CAGCCGCCAACCCCGCCGGCCGGGAUGCUGAGGCCAACGAGAAGCCCGGGGCACAGUCCGAUGCCCGAAAUAUGGAGCCGGGCACAGAGAUGGAGGAGAAGGACUACAGCGAGACGGACGGGCUCUCUGACAAAACAACCCCCAGCAAGACCCAGAAGUCACCCCAGAAAACCACCAAGAAAGUGAAGAGUGCCCUCUGCAGAGUGACUCUGCUCGAUGUCGAGUAUGAAUGCGAGGUGGAGAAGCACGCCCGAGGCCAGGUCCUCUUUGACAUGGUGUGUGAGCACCUCAACCUCCUGGAGAAGGACUACUUCGGCCUCACCUUCUGCGACUCGGACAGCCAGAAGAACUGGCUGGACCCCUCCAAGGAGAUCAAGAAGCAGAUCCGCAGCGGGCCCUGGAACUUCGCCUUCACUGUGAAGUUUUACCCUCCAGACCCUGCCCAGCUCACGGAGGACAUCACAAGAUACUACCUGUGCCUGCAGCUCCGUGCGGACAUCAUCACGGGGCGCCUGCCCUGCUCCUUUGUCACGCAUGCCCUGCUGGGCUCCUACGCCGUGCAGGCCGAGCUGGGCGACUAUGAUGCUGAGGAGCACGUGGGCAACUACGUCAGCGAGCUCCGCUUCGCCCCCAACCAGACGCGGGAGCUGGAGGAGCGCAUCAUGGAGUUGCACAAGACCUACCGGGGAAUGACCCCUGGGGAAGCGGAGAUCCAUUUCCUGGAGAACGCCAAGAAGCUCUCCAUGUACGGGGUGGACCUGCACCACGCCAAGGACUCAGAGGGCAUCGACAUCAUGCUGGGUGUCUGCGCCAACGGCCUCCUCAUCUACAGGGACCGGCUGAGGAUCAACCGCUUCGCCUGGCCCAAGAUCCUCAAAAUUUCUUACAAGAGGAGCAACUUCUACAUCAAGAUCCGCCCGGGUGAGUACGAACAGUUUGAGAGCACCAUUGGCUUCAAGCUGCCCAACCACCGCUCCGCCAAGCGUCUCUGGAAGGUCUGCAUAGAGCAUCACACCUUCUUCAGGCUGGUGUCCCCGGAGCCACCCCCCAAGGGCUUCCUGGUGAUGGGCUCCAAGUUUCGCUACAGCGGGCGGACGCAGGCGCAGACACGGCAGGCCAGCGCCCUCAUCGACCGCCCGGCUCCCUUCUUCGAGCGCUCCUCCAGCAAACGGUACACCAUGUCUCGCAGCCUUGACGGAGAGUUCUCGCGCCCAGCCUCCGUCAGCGAGAACCACGACGCUGGGGCGGAGGGCGAGAAGCGGGAUGAGGACGGUGAGUUUGGCAGCAGGAGAAGGUCCGAGACGGAGGACGAGGAGGUGACCACCCCAACGAAAAUCAAGGAGCUGAAGUUUUUAGACAAGCCAGAAGAUGUUUUGCUGAAGCAUCAGGCCAGCAUCAAUGAGCUGAAGCGGACCCUGAAGGAGCCCAACAGCAAGCUAGUUCACAGGGACCGGGACAGGAGGCUGCCUUCCUCACCAGCCUCUUCCUCACCCAAGCAUGAGGAUGAAACAAAAGGGAACCCAGAAAAGGCCAGCGAGAGAGCGGGCUUGAGGGAGGGCGCCGAGGAGAAAGCUAAGCCGCCUCGGCACAGGGCUCCCGAGAGUGACACCGGCGAUGAGGAGCAGGACCAGGAGAAGGACUCAGUCUUUCUGAAGGACAACCACCUGGCCAUCGAGCGCAAGUGCUCCAGCAUCACGGUCAGUUCAACCUCCAGCCUGGAAGCAGAGGUGGACUUCACAGUGAUCGGUGACUUCCACGGCACAGCUUUUGAGGACAUCUCCCGGAGCCUGCCCGAGCUGGACAAGGACAAGAGUGAAACGGAAGACGAAGGCCUGGUUUCCUUCCAGCACACUGACAAAGUAGUUCCCGGAUUGGAAGAGGAUGUCAAAGGCGGGGAGAAGGUCUCCCAGCCCAGCCCAGAUGUCUCCCAGCUAGAGUCAUCAGCCCCGAAAAUGGAUGCUGUGACCGUCAGCCUGGGGCCGGGCAUGAAGAAGCCUGAAGCAGAUGGCUCCGCUCCCCACCAGGUGGAAGGAGGCACCCCGGGCAGCAGGGACACCACAGCCACUGCUCACGCUGGCACCGCAGAGAUGGCACUGGUGACCUCAGAUCACAGCACCAAGGCUGGGAAAGGGGCUGUUCCCACGACAGACUUUCGCUCCCUCUCACCGAUCACCAGCGGCUCCACUGGGAAGGAAGUGCUCACCAGCAUAUUCAGUGCCACUGCAGAAACCCUCUCCACUUCCACCACUACCCACGUUACCAAGACUGUGAAAGGAGGGUUUUCCGAGACCCGAAUAGAGAAGCGCAUCAUUAUCACAGGAGAUGAAGACGUGGACCAGGACCAGGCACUGGCUUUAGCAAUCAAAGAGGCAAAACUACAGCAUCCCGACAUGCUGGUAACCAAAGCUGUGGUAUACAGAGAAACAGAACCUUCUCCAGAGGAAAGGGACAAGAAACCUCAGGAAUCUUGACCAACAUGUUCAUGGAAGUCGGCAUCUGUAUUCAAACCUGGAGAACAGCGGAAAAGGAGCCUUCGUGCUGGAUUUGUCAGCAAGACAUAGACAUCCUGGCUGCAAUGUUCAUGGCGAGAGACAAAAAUUUUUAAAAAAGGAAUAGCAAAUAUAUUAUAUAUAUAUAUACAUACAUACAUAUAUAUAUAUAUAUAAAAACAGGAAACAAAAUGCAUCCUUGCACUGCUGCUAUAUGCUGGAAAUGAAUAGCAAACAACACCACCAACAAACAAAGCCAACCCUCUGCAGAUAAAUUGAAGAAUUUACUGGAUUGGUGAUAAAAUAAGAUUUAAAAAAUCCUAAUAAUAACAAUAAUAUUGUUAACAAUACAAUAAGCCACCAUCUUGCAUGUUACAUUAAAGGAUACACAAUCAUGAGUUCAUUUGUUGCACACUGAAUGGAAAGGAAAACUGCUUUGCAACAAAGCAAGAAAUAAGCAAACUGAAAUUAAAAAACCACAAGCAGAAGCAAAACCAUUCCCCACCUCUGGAAAGAAGAGAGAAAAACAUUGAAUUUAUUACCUUAGAGUUAUUUUCCGAUUUGCAAGUGUCGUUUCGCCCUUCUCCUCAUUCCAUGCUGGUUCUUUUGCAUCUUUUGGGGUUCUGUUAACUCUUCCCCUUCCGUUCCUUAUCUUCUUCUCUGUGCACUUGUCCAACCUCUUGUUCUCUGAAGGUAUUUAAGAAUGGAUUUCAUUUCAAACAAAACAAAUGAUAUGUAUAUGGUUUCUCAUUUAUAAAAAAGCAGCCUGUAGGGGUUUCAUAUGGAUGUGCAUUUAAGUUAUGUAUAUUAUUAUAUAUAAC